ACAAGUCACGACAUUUCUUGCACAUAGCCCAUCCCUAUUUACUUGUCAAAACAGCAAAUUUUCAUUCGGGCCAAGAAUCGACUGAAAAUAUGUCCGCUAUUCUAAACCACGCAAUUCGCCGCCAAUUCGGCGCCACUGCCGCCCGGAAUAUGUCCGGCACCGCCGCCGUGGCCGGCGAGCACUCCGGUGGCUACAAGGUGUGGAAGCGCCUGUCCUUCUUCGUGGCCGUGCCCGCCGUGGGACUGUGCAUGCUGAACGCCUACCUGAAGCACCAGGAGGAGCACGACAAGCCUCGCCAGGAGUUUGUCAAGUACGAGUACCUGCGCCGCCGGGAGAAGCGCUUCCCCUGGGGUGAGGGCCAGAAGAGUCUGUUCCACAACCCCCACGUGAACCCCCUGCCCGACGGCUACGAGCACUAGAUGGCCACCGCCUCCGGUCCCCGGGGACUAUUCGUUGUUUGGUAGUGAUAAACGUUAAUGUAAACUGAACCUUAGGCGGAAAUACACAGAAAACACAUUUACCCAAACUCCCGUUGGCGCUUCAAUAAAGAUCAAAAAAGAGCGAGGA